AUGGCAAACGAUAUGUUGACCAAUGGUGAUGAUGACUCGACUCUUGCUGUUCCUACUACCAUGAUUUGGGUCUGCGGUCGAUGGACCCUGAUAUUUCAUACCGACAUGGACUCCCAUGAUCCUGUGGAAGUUCGGACCAACUUCCUUAAUGUGCUUCAGUUAAUUGACUUCAGCAUAUUCUACCCUAACUGUCACAACUUUCCUCUUUUUUCACUGGAACAGGAUGGGACUUUCCAGCCAGUCAUUACAGACUUCCAAUACAUUGCGCCUAAUUACCUCUUAAUUCAAAUUCCAGGACGAGAGUAUUCCUGGUUUAUCGAAAUUCCAUUAUCUCCUCUGCGCCCUCUCACCUCCUCGGACCUAUCUAUCCACAACGCCUCGGUCUCAGAUUACAACAACAGCUCUGUGGGCUUGAGCAACGUACUUGAUCCUCGACUCCUUGAGGGUACUCAGGGUCAGCUUGCUCUACCUCAGCCUGAUGCCUCCAAUGCCUCCUCGGCUUGUUUUCAGCCCUGGGGAGCGGCUCAAGAGUCUCAAGAUUCUAUGAUAGAACAUGACAAGCUUGGUCUAAAUCCUUUUUGGCCCGCCUAUAGUCUCAUGGGUCAGAAAUGCAUCGAAUAUCCCCAGUGUCCACCCUCGUCACCAGUUCGACACGGUUCUCCCGAGACAAUUCACUCUACAUCACCUCCUCCCAGCAAUGCCUCUGUCGAGCAAAGCAUAGGAAAGCUCAGACGGAGACGUACGUGUUCUUCUGUCGUCUCACGCCGCGCUGGUCGCCUCAGGCCCAGCCGUGCAGCCAAGAAGCGCACCAUGCCCAGCCCGCCGCCCAGGGGCCACUUCAAAGUCUCCCGGCAGGAUCGUUUCAUGGUCCCCUACGACAGCGACCUUCGCGAUGAGUUGCUUAUCCGUGGCCGUCUAAUGGGCUUCUCCUACUCCGAGAUCAAGGAGAGCGCUGGCAUGCCUGACGCCCUGGCGACCCUGCGUGGCCGGUAUCAAUUUCUCCUGCGGAAGAUGGUACAAGAGAAUCUCAAGAAGAAGAGAGAUGAUGAGAAGGAUUCAGAUGACAAGAACAAGAAGUAA